ACCGCUCCUCCGUUCGAGGAGGGGGCUUGUACGCCCUGUGCUUCGAGCACCAGCCGCCCCCCACCUCUCCCGGCUUUGGGGAGGGGGGUUCAGCGCCUCCUGCCUCGGAGGAUGCCGAAACGGUUGUGGAUGCCCGAGUUGGGCAGCUCUCCUUGCAGGAUCCCUCGGUCACGCAGCUCACAAAUGCUAGCCAAAGUGGCUUGGAUGAAUUCAACCCCUUUUCUGAGAGCUCCCAGCUGACAAAUGCAGCACGGACGACGCCAGCCACGCAGCCCUCUGGCCACUCGCAGCCUGCUGUUCUGCAGACGUCUGUGGAGCCCACUCCCCAGGCUGUGGCUGCGGCAGCACAGGCUGGGCUUCUUCAGCAGCAGGCAGAACUAGAGAGGAAGGCAGCGGAGCUGGAGAAGAAGGAAAGGGAAUUGCAGAGUAACGCAGCCAGCAUUAAUCCGAGGCAAAACAACUGGCCCCCUCUUCCCAAGAAGUGUCCGAUCAAGCCGUGUUUUUAUCAGGAUUUUUCUGCAGACAUCCCAGCUGACUACCAGCGGAUAUGCAAGAUGCUGUAUUACUUGUGGAUGUUGCAUUCGAUUACCCUGCUUCUAAACCUGCUUGCUUGCCUGGCAUGGUUCACAGUCCAGACGGAAAGAGGAGUAGACUUUGGUCUCUCAAUCCUGUGGUUUAUUUUAUUCACCCCUUGUGCCUUUCUGUGUUGGUACCGACCAAUUUACAAGGCUUUCAGGUCUGACAGCUCCUUCAGCUUCUUCGUCUUCUUUUUCAUCUUCUUCUGCCAAAUAGCAAUCUACAUCAUCCAGCUAGUGGGCUGGCCGUGCUCAGCCCGCUCUCCCCUCUCUUGCAGCGGGUGGAUUGCGGCGCUGUCUGAGCUGCACGGGAACCUGGCCGUGGCGGUCAUCAUGAUGGUGGUGGCAGGAUUCUUCACGCUCUGCGCGGUUCUCUCGCUCUUCCUCCUGAAGCAGGUGCAUUCCCUGUAUCGGCGCACGGGAGCCAGUUUCCAAAGGGCCCAGGAGGAGUUUUCCCAAGGCAUCCUCACCAACAGGGGCUUCCAGAACGCAGCUGCUGGCGUGGCCUCCUCAGCCGCACAGAGUGCUUUCCGGGGCAACUAGCCCUUCCCGGGGCUGCCUCCCCCUCGCUUCCUCUGCCAUCGUCACCCCAACCUUCUUUAUUUUUUUUGUUUUUUUCUAAAGAUGCACUUUUUGGGGGUACCGUGUUAGCUCUGUGAUGCCGACUCCAGAUGAG